GAUGUGAAAAAAUCUGAUGGCGCUGCACUGAAGACAGAUCUAGGCUACUUGCACAAUCUGGAAAUACACAGCCAGAAAGCGAAUGGAGCCUAGCACACGGUGUGUGCUCACUGGUGAGCAAUGGACUUUUAUGCUCGAUAACUCUGCUACCCUUUUCCCAACUUGAAACACAUACACGUUUACCAUGUUAACAAUGAGAGGAGUGAACAAUAUUACUUGUGUUUUUCCAACAGAACGGCUAGGACUCCGGAGUCGGGGUUAAUUUACGGACUAAUUUAAACUCAGCGGAAGCAAACUAUUGUAUGCAGCUGGGCAAGCGGAGUGUAUUCCGUCCGUCCGAACUUUACUAAACCAAGCACGUGCAGUAUUGGUUAUCCGAUUCCGAAGUCGAUGUAUCGAUAUUUUUAAAGCUCUAUUCAUUCAUAAUUACUAUGUAUGUUUGCGCUUAGGACACUUUGAAAUAUACACAAUGUUGUGGGCUCUUUGCGUUUUCUCCUUCUCCGGAAAAUGAGUGCUGUGAACACAGACUAUUCAACUAUGGUGAGAAGAUGUCUUCUGACGUUCAAACCAUUCAGGAUCUUUGUGGCGGGGAUCGGAUUCUUCAGCCUGUGCUUCCUAAUGACCUCCCUGGGGGGGCAGUUCUCGUCCAAGCGACCCGGAGACACUCCCUUCACCAUGCGGGCCGAAGUGCUGGGAGGUCCAGAGUCUCGCGGGGUACUAAGGAAGAUCAGUGAUAUGCUGGAGGUCAUCAUGAAGAGGAUGGACACUUUGUCCAAACUGGGCAACACCACCACAGACUCCCACAGACUGGAUGAGCUCAGCUCAGCACUGGACAGGAUCCAGCCGAUUGGUCUGGUGGAGAGGAUCCAGGCUAUCGCCCAGAACAUGUCUGACAUGGCUGUGAAGGUGGAGCAGAUCCUACAGCGCAGCAUGGCCACCAACAGAGUUAAGGAUGGCGCAACAGGACAGUGUGAGGUGCCCAAAGACCCUCACUACCCAGACUGCCCCAGCAAGGUGGAUUGGAUGCGUGCCCGCUGGACCUCAGACCCCUGCUAUGCCUUCUAUGGGGUGGACGGCUCCGACUGCUCCUUCCUCAUCUACCUGAGUGAGGUGGAGUGGUUCUGCCCCCCUCUGACCUGGAGGAACCAGACCACCACACCCACGCACAAACCUUUCCCCAAGAGACAGGCAGCAUUCCGGUCAGACACCGGGGCCCUCCUGGAGCAGGUGGGUACGGGGAAGGAGUCUCUGAGUUUCAUGAAGAGAAGGAUGCGCAGGCUGGCUGCACAGUGGGCCUCGGCUGCACGCAGGCUAGAUGACCGUCUGAGGAGUCAAUGGAGGGAGCAGAAGAGGAUCCUGGUGCACGUAGGCUUCCUGACAGAGGAGUCAGGGGACGUGUUCAGCCCCAAGGUCCUGAAGGGAGGUCCUCUGGGGGAGAUGGUCCAGUGGGCUGACAUCCUCACAGCCCUGCACGUCCUGGGACACAACCUCAAGAUCUCCGUCUCGCUCAAGGAGCUGCAGGGGUUUCUUGGGGUCCCCCCUGGAAGAGGAAGCUGCCCCCUGACAGGACCUCUGCCCUUUGACCUCAUCUACACGGACUACCAUGGCCUGCAGCAGAUGAGGCAGCACAUGGGUCUCUCUCUGAGGAAGCACAAGUGCCACAUCCGUGUGAUUGACACAUUUGGCACAGAGCCGGCAUACAACCAUGAGGACUACGCCACCCUGCACGGCUACAGGACCAACUGGGGCUACUGGAACCUCAACUGCAGGCAGUACAUGACCAUGUUCCCACACACUCCCGACAACUCCUUCAUGGGUUUUGUGGCUGAGGAGCUGAACGACACAGAGAGGCUGGGCAUCCAGAGGAACAAGGUGGACAGCAUGGCAGUGGUGUACGGCAAAGAGGCCAGCAUGUGGAAGCUCCAAGGUAAGGAAAGGUUCCUGGCCAUUCUGCACCGCUACAUGGAUAUCCAUGGGACUGUCUAUUAUGAGACACAGCGCCCUCCAGAGGUGCCUGCUUUUGUCAAAAACCACGGCCUGCUGCCCCAACAAGAGCUGCAACAGCUGCUCAGAAAGGCUAAGCUCUUCAUUGGGUUUGGCUUCCCAUACGAAGGGCCAGCCCCUUUAGAGGCCAUAGCCAACGGCUGCAUCUUCCUGCAGCCCAUGUUUAAGCCGUCUCACAGUUCCCUCAACCACGAGUUCUUCAAAGGGAAGCCCACUUCCAGACAGGUCUCCUCACAGCAUCCCUAUGCUGAGCAGUAUAUAGGCAGGCCACAUGUCAUCACGGUGGAUUUUAACAACUCCCAAGAGUUUGAGUCUGCCAUACGGGACAUCUUGAGGACCAAAGUGGAGCCAUAUCUGCCCUAUGAGUACACCUGUGAGGGGAUGCUGGAGAGAGUGCAUGCUUACAUCCAGAACCAGGAAUUCUGUGCACCCGAAGCUCCAUUUCCCUCAGCGAAUAACUCCAGCAGUUGGCCAGGCAGCCCCCCCAGCCCCUUUGUCCUGCUGCCCAACUCCAGUGCCCUGGCCUGGGCCUCCAACAUCAGCACUCCCCCCUCCUGGCCCCCGCUUAGCGCCCUGAGGCUGCUGGCCUCCCUGGAGGGCCAGUCAUGUAUAGAUGCGUGCCAGAGCGCAGGCCUCAUCUGUGAGCCCGCCUUCUACCGCUUCAUCAAUAUCAAAGAGGCCUUCAAUGGGCUGGAGGUGCAGUGUGAGGGGGUGGAGGCUGAGAUCAACCACAUCUUCCCAGCCUUCUCAGUGGAGAGUAGUGAGUGUGGCCUCCAGAAAGACCCUCUGCUGUUCAGCUGUGCCGGGGCCAACAACAAGUACCACCGCCUCUGUCCCUGUAGGGACUACCGUAAGGGCCAGGUGGCGCUAUGCAGGGACUGCUUAUGACUGUGACCAGCACCUGGGGGAAGAUGACCUGCCACCACUCCCUCAGCCUUGGCCAUCCCAGGGGCCCUUUUUAUAGGUGGGAGGGACACUGAGGAGGAUGGCCCUGCUGGAGGUCACUGUGGGUGACACAGAGGUACCAGUAGGGUCGGUCGCCAUGGGGUAGAGGAGCAGCUGUACAAAAGAUCACUGCUGGUAUCAUUAUAGCACAGGGGGGAAUGCUUCACGGAACUGGACAGCUGGAUAAUGUUACAAUGAGACUCCCUAUCUGCUGCUCUGACCGGAGGCUCAGUGCAUUGGCAAUUCUGAAAUUAUUAGAAUACCCGGUCGCCAAACCCACAAAAUUGCUGCCAAACAAGACGUGUGGCUGACAAUGCACAUCAGGGAAAUGCAUGAUUGUACUGUACCCUGCUAAAGUGAUGACGCUGCUAUAAGGUGAACGUUUUACAAUAGUCUUUAUGGACUACAUUGGGUCCAACAACAGGAAUGUUAAGGGGUGGAGUUAUGAGGAACACAGAAAUGAGGGGAUUCAAAAAGAUAUCCCUGAUAAUUGUAUUGCAAUGCUAUAGUUGCUAAUAUCCGCAUUGCUUCAAGUGACUUGCAGAUACUGUAUGGAAUGUAAUGUUCUGUGAAAUACUUUGAUCAUAAUGCAGUUGGGAUAUUUGUACAGUAGAUGCACUACUAGAUGUAAUAUUUUCCAUGUCUCAUACAUUAGUAUAUUUGUACAUACAUGUUGAUUAAUAAAAAAGACAAUUGAAACAUUCUGA